AUGUUCAUGCGGACACCCUCCGCUUUGCGCCUAACCUGGCUACGCGGGGAUCGUCACGGUCUCCGCCGCCUCCUUCCUGGCAUUCUCGUCGCCAUUGGAGCCGGCCUCCUCUUCUGCCUCUUCGCGGUGCCCCAGCUGGCUCGAUUUCGUUUUCGGGCCGGCUUGAGCAAAUACGAUCUCGGCUUCUAUGGCUUCGGACCGUCCCAAAGCUUCGUCUCCUUUGACGAGGAGUCCCGAAUUAUCGAAAUUUCCCCCGCCAAUGCGCAAUGCGACCCUCGCUAUACCUUUAUUGCGCCACGGGGCGACUCGGUCGCCCAUGCGGGUCCAAUGAUUCUGGACGCUCAGGGGGAACUAGUCUGGGCGAAAUACAACUGGGGAACGACACAGGAUUUCAAGGUUCAACGGUUUCAGGGCCAGGACUAUGUGACUUACUGGCAAGGGGAUGAGGAGGACGGCCACGGUCGAGGAUCGUGGUACAUGUUGGACUCGACCUACACAAUCAGGUACAUUGUGUCACCUGUCGGAUUGGAAGGCGAUCUGCACGAUUUCGUCAUCACUUCGAACGAUACCGCCCUCGUCACUAUCUACGAUCCCAUUCCCGCCGAUUUGACAGCUGUCGGUGGCCCCGAGCUCGGCUGGCUCUACGACGGUGUCUUUCAGGAGAUCGAUAUCGCAACCGGCGAGCUGCUCUUCGAGUGGCGUUCUUCCGACUUCUACCCGCCGGAGAGCAGCUAUUACCCUCUCAACGAUCGAGGCCACGAACGAACCCUCGGAUACGAUUACUACCACAUGAACAGUAUCGACAAAGAUGACCAGGGUCGUUAUCUCGUUUCUGGACGACACACGCACACUGUGACUUGUGUGGACGGAACCACCGGCCAAAUUCUUUGGACGUUGGGUGGAAAGCACAACGAUUUCCACGACGAGUCGGACGGAGCUGCCACUGAUUUCAACUGGCAGCACGAUGCUCGCUGGCAAAGCCCGAACAGCAUCACUUUACUCAACAACAACGCCAACGGAGAAGAUGGCUCUUCUCGAGACACCGUCGGCCUCUUCAUCGAGCUUGAUAUCCCGGCACGACAGGCCAAAGUGAGGACGACUUAUGUCCACCCACAGGGCCUCAUGGCCACAUCUCAGGGCAACCUCCAAGUCUUGGAUACCGGCAACGUGCUUGUCGGCUGGGGUCAUAGCGCCGCCUUCACUGAAUACACCGCCGAAGGUGAGAUCGUCUGCGAUGUCCACUUUGGCGCAUCGGCCUACUUUACUUUCGGCCGUAUCGUAUCCUACCGUUCAUUCAAGGGGGAUUGGGUUGGAAAACCCAACACCCUACCAGAUGCCGCCAUCGCCGACGACAGCAUUUUCGUCAGCUGGAACGGUGCCACCGAGAUCGUGACAUGGUGCCUCGAAGCCUGGGACGGUGAAAGUCUCGACAACGUCACCUUCACCACCGUGGACCAAGUGGAGCGCACAGGCUUCGAGACUCGAAUCCCCAUCCCGCCCUCAAUAACCUCCUAUUUUCGAGUCUCUGCUAUGAACAUCGAGGGCGAAGUCCUCGGUACCACCGAGACUCUCUCCCUCGGCUCCCCUUCGUCCAGAUCCAGCUACGUCUCCAUUCGAUCCUGGGGCGUAAUUAUCAUCGCAAUCUUCGCACUGGGAUGUCUUCUAUUUGGGUGCUUUUGUGCCGUCUCCCGGGUUUGGAGACGUCGUCGACCCCGCUCAGGUGGCUCUUACCAGCUGGUUGGACACAAGGAACAUGAUGACAAUGAGAGUGAGAAUGGUCGUUUGCCAAUAUAG